AUGGAUGUGCUCCGUAUAGGGUUGAGAGCUUCGCGACUGCAGCUACCCAGACUGCAGCAACGUUCUACUACCAGCCUGCUACAUUCAUAUACACAACCGACCUUUCGCACGAGGCCCAUCGCUACCUGGCAAACAACAUCGAGGCAUGCUCAAAACACGAAAAACAUCCAGUCAACACGGUUUUGUGCAAAGCGCAAUCCGUCGAGAACUACGCGACGCUGGAAAAGCGAAGAUGCCUCAUUAGACUCUAAACCAGAUUCCCAGCUGAGUCUCGGUCAGCGAUUGAAGAAGUUGUCGCGUGAGUAUGGAUGGGCCGCCGUCUAUAUCUACCUUGGCCUCUCCUUACUCGACUUUCCUUUCUGCUUUCUGGCAGUGAAGACGCUAGGGACAGACACUAUAGGCCAUUGGGAACACGUUAUUGUCAGCUAUGUCAAAGGCUUUCUUCAGUGGCCUGUCAGUGGCACAGUGCAGGAGCAGAUUGGUGAUGCUGUCGAUAAGAUCGUCGAAUCGACCGGUCUAGAAGAGGGCCGUAGAAUCCUCGAGGAAGAUACUCGGUCUACUGGUAUCGGCGACCAUGGCUAUAAGGAGGCCGAGCAAGCGAACGGCGGGAAUAAUGCUAGUCUUUGGACGCAACUUGUCCUUGCCUAUGCCAUUCACAAAUCCUUCAUCUUUGUCCGAGUCCCACUGACCGCCGCUGUUACCCCAAAAAUUGUGAAGACACUACGAGGUUGGGGAUGGAACAUCGGUCGGCCUUCACGCAAAGCACUACAAACAUCAACAGGCAGUGGGAAAACUGGUGUCAAUACUAAAGGCUCAGGGACAAAAUCUGGUGACUAG